CGCAGGUGUGAAAGAGCCCUUAGUAAAUGUGCCCCGCUGACUGUAGAGGUGCUGCCUCCUCCAUCACCACACGAGGGCAGCCUCGUCCCCUCCAAAGCCUGGGCCGAGCAUUGCCGUCUGCAGGUCACGCACGGAGUAGCUCGCGCUGCACUGACGUGACUUCCCGCGGGAGCCCGCGCCUGCCGCUCCCGCUCGUUACUGCGCACCUCCCCGCCGGAGCUCCUCCCCCUCGCGCCGUCUUGUGAGCUCGCCUCUGGCAGCUGGUGUCGCCGAAAUACGUCAAGAGGCUGUCACCUUUUUGAUACAGUGUGAAUGAAUGUGGUACAGAUGUAAAUAGCGUUCGCUCCCCGCACUGGCAGAGGCGCCAAUGGCGCCCCCGCCCCGGUACUGGGCAGUCCUGUGCCUGCGCGGCGCGCCCUCUCCUCACGGCGCAUGCACAGGAGCCUCACAAAGACGUGCACAACUCACGUAGUUCCCCGUCAUAGAGCGGCUCGCGGCCGGCCACAAGGUUACUUUAUACUUUGAAUUGCCAGCCUCCAGGAAGGACACCUUCUUCUUUGUUCAUGGAUUUUUUUAUAAGCAUGUCUGAAACACUAAAAUAUAAUGAUGAUGAUCAUAAGACUGUAUUUUUAAAGACGCUGAAUGAGCAACGACUAGAAGGUGAAUUUUGUGAUAUCGCCAUUGUUGUUGAAGAUGUGAAGUUCAGGGCACACAGGUGUGUACUUGCUGCCUGCAGUACAUACUUUAAGAAACUUUUCAAGAAACUAGAAGUUGACAGUUCAUCCGUCAUAGAAAUUGAUUUUCUGCGGUCUGAUAUAUUCGAGGAAGUUCUUAACUAUAUGUAUACAUCAAAAAUUGCUGUCAAGAAGGAGGAUGUGAAUUUAAUGAUGUCUUCUGGUCAGAUACUCGGUAUAAGGUUUUUGGAUAAGCUGUGCUCUCAGAAACGGGAUGUUUCGACAGCUGAUGAGAAUCCUUCAUCUCCGAAAAAUAAAUAUGCUUAUGAUACAAGCCUAAAAAUAAGUCGUCAGGUUGGUGAGUCCAAUGACAAUCAAGACGAUGAAGUAGAAGAAAUUGGAGAUCACGAUGAUAGUCCUUCAGAUGACACAGUUGAAGGGGCGGCUCAGGUCCAUGAAGAGGAAAAGUUGCCUACAUCUACACUGCGAGUUCAGGAAGCAAUCCUUAAAGAAUUAGGUAGUGAAGAAGUGCGAAAAGUGAAUUGCUACGGUCAGGAAGUUGAAGCGAUGGAGUCAACUGAACCUAAAGAAUUGGCUCCACAAACCCCACAGGCUCUGACUUUUAAUGAGGGCAUUAAUGAAGUAAAAGAUGAGCAAGCACCAGCAUGGACCACCACAACAGGAGAUAUGAAAUUUGAGUAUUUGCUUUAUGGCCACAGGGAACAAUUUGCAUGCCAAGCAUGUGGUAAGACAUUUACCGAUGAAGCGCGUUUACGAAAGCAUGAGAAAUUACACACAGCAGAUAGACCAUUUGUGUGUGAAAUGUGUGCCAAAGCGUUCACUACCCAGGCUCACCUAAAAGAACACCUGAAAAUCCACACUGGCUACAAACCCUACAGUUGUGAAGUAUGUGCCAAAUCCUUUAUCCGAGCACCAGAUCUUAAAAAGCAUGAAAGGGUACAUAGUAAUGAGAGGCCAUUUGCAUGCCACCAUUGUGAUAAAGCCUUCAAACACAAAUCUCAUCUCAAAGAUCAUGAAAGAAGACACCGUGGAGAGAAACCAUUUAUUUGUGCUUCAUGCACAAAAGCAUUUGCCAAGGCCUCAGAUCUGAAGCGCCAUGAAAAUAAUAUGCACAGUGAACAACGCAAGCAAGUGACAACUAGUGCCAUACAGAGCGAGACCGAGCAAUUACAGGCAGCAGCGAUGGCUGCUGAAGCAGAACAGCAACUGGAAACCAUAGCUUGUAGUUAAAAAUGAAAUCAAGUUUGUGAUCCUGUAUUGCUACGUUAACAUUACACUGGGUACAGAUGUGUCUGUUUUCUGUUUUAGCAAAAAUCUUACACUUGACAGCUGAAGGUAGAGAAAUCAUUAAGUGGGUUGUUCAGGACUUAAAGGGUAUUCCUAUCUUAGACAUUGAUGGCAUAUCUCUAGAAAAUCCAUGACAGAUAGGUGCAGGCCCACUUCUAGGACCCACCCGUAUCUCCAGAACCCCUGAAGUGAAGGAGAGCACACCAAGUAUGCACGGUGUGCUCUUUAUUCACUGCUGUUGGAGUUCCAAAUAUAGAAGGGCUAGUGCUUUUUUCGGAAGUUACAUAGCGGCGAAUGGAGAGUGGACCGCACAUACAUGGCCAUCUCUCCAUUCACUGCCAUGGGACUGCCAGAAACAGCCAGCACUCGGCUACUUUCGGAACUCCCAUAGCAAUAAAACGGAGGGCGGCUGCCUAUGCUCGGCUGCUCUUCCUUUACUUCAAGGGGCCAGUUCUGGAAAUAGGAAGAAGACCCAGAACUAUUGGACAUUGAUGGCAUGUGCUAGCAAUAUGCCAUCAAUGUCUGCAAAGGGCAUACCUCUUUAAAUAUUGUCAACCUAUCAUCAGUAUCAGAUCUGUGUAGUCCAGCUGUUUUUUAAAGGUCUCCAGAAUGUAAAAUAAAAAAUUGAUACUCCGCUUACCGAUUCCUCAGGACUCCCAUUCCAAUGCUUCACAUCCCUGCCAGUCCUGGGCUUUCUCAGCGCACAGUAAAUGUCAGUUUAGCUAAUCACUUGAAGUAGAGACUGGUGGGGAUCGAUAAGGUGAGUGUGACUUAGGGCUCAUUCAGACGACCGCAUGAAUGGGUCUGCAUAUGUUCCGCAAUUUUGCGGAAUUGGCACGGACCCAUUCAUUUCAAUGGGGCCGCAAAAGAUGCGGACAGCACACCGUGUGCUGUUCGCAUCCAUAGUUCCGUUUUUCGGCCCGAAAUAAAGAUAGAGCAUGUCCUAUUCUUGUCCAGGGACAAUAUUAGGCAUUUCUAUCAUAGGGCCGGCAAUGUGCAAAAUGCGCAAUGCACCCGGCUGGUAUGCGUGUUUUGCAAACCACAAAACACUUAUGGCCGUCUGAAUGAGUCCUUAGUGUAUUAUUUUACACCAUGUGGAGUAUUUUGUUUUUUGUUAAGAAAAAAAUGGCCGGUUAUCCCCUUUAAAGGGGUCGUCCAGGACUUUGAUAUUGAUGGUCUUCAUUGUGCACUGGACGGAGCUGGUAUCUGCAGCUCUGCUCCUAUUCACCUUGUCAGGAACAGUGCUGAAGUUAUCAGCUUCAUCUACUACACAGUAGACAAACUGCUGAUUGGUUGGGUGUUGCCCCCUCCCGCCACUCUAGUAUUGAUGGAAAUCCUGGACAAAAUAUUUACUAUUCUUUUUAUAAUUGAUUUUGCAAAAUUUUAAUGUAGAUAUUUAGACAAGCCUAAUUUACUUUCAUCCAUCUGAGAAAGAAAUGUACUUGCUACAAUUUGUUUUCUAAGUCAUUUGAACUUUUUAUUAAAACAAGAAACAAAUGCUCCUGUACAAACAGUGUAAUGUGUAUAUAGUUUAUGGCUGUCUUAUGUUCUAGCCAUGUAAUUAUGAGUUUGGAUACCAGUACAGAUAUGGUGGGCUUACUGUGUAAACAAAAACCAUAGUAUUAGAAUAUGCUUACUAAUAUUACGAUUAGUUUUGUAAAUUUGCAGACUGGUACUCAAGCUAGAUGAAACAUAUUUAAACUAUAAGAGAAAUGAGUUGUAAAUUAAAAAAAAAAGACACAAAGGCAUGUAUAUUGUAACUUAGGGGCAGAAACACUUACAUUGCUGGUGAGAUGGUUGCUGUUUUAUAUUUUAUGUUAUAGUGUAACUUUCAAGGUACAUUAAGAGUUCAAUACAGCUCAAAUAUAUAGGUAGAAAAUAUUGGAUGUUCACUGUGAAAGUUUAUUAAGCUGUUUGUGUACAGGACAUGUCAAACAUCAAAUCCAUACUGGUUUGUAGCAUGCUUAUCAUAAGUUACUUUAUACUAGCAUGUUGAAUAUUAUCUGUCUUGCUCAAUUUUAAAGGAUUUUUCCAAGACAAACAUUUAAUGAAAAUUGAUUGCAUAUUCCAUAGAAGCUGGAUUGAUGUGAGAGUCUACCGGUAGAGUCCCCGUUUUCUAUCUAGAGAACUGGAUUUCAUAAGUCCCUGUCAUUCUCCAUUUAAAGUGUACCAUAUCAAAGGCUUCUCUCUCUCUCCUGGUUGUACCGAUUGGUGGAAGACUCAGCAGUGAUACCCUCACCGAUAGCUAGAGCGAGGAGAGAGAAACACUCGACACACAGAGCUGAUCGAGACGGAAUAGAGACUCAGACUUUCUACUGAAACCGUCUCAUGCCAUGAGGAGAGACAAUGCGCUAUGUCAUUGCUUCUGUCUCCUCGCUCUAGUAAUAGGUGGGUGUCCCAGCACAAUCAAAACCUUUCAGAUGUCGUUAUACUGUGAUACUCUUUAACUGUAUGGGACAUACAGAAACAUCUGUGCACUAACUUGGUACUUUCUUUGCCUUCUUAAGACUUUAAUAGAGAAUGAUUGCACGUGGCACCCCAGUUCUCAGGAUCAGAGGAAGAUUUGUUCCCUAAUAAGCCAUAAAUAAGCAUUCCUUUGAUUCCUGAUACCAGAUACUAUUCUUGUGGCUGGUAUCAGGAAAUUGUAACUAACCUACAAUAAAUGUACAAAGCUGUGGACAGAGUAUGGCUUAUGGGCCAAUAUAAAUCGAAAUUGAAAGGUGUAACUAACCGGAUUAAAAUCUGUCUCCUCUGCUACAAAAUACAUCUGACUUCCUUCUUGUUUGUGUCUGCUACUAAUGUAAUGUAACGAUGUGGCAGGCAGAUUCAGACAUUAGGAGUAUCAGUUUGCAUAAUCUCUAUGUGAAAAGGUCCACUCUGACUUAAAGGGGUUGUCCGGGUUCAGAGCUGAAUCCGGACAUCCCUCCAUUUUCA